CAUGAGGGUACCGAAUGUCAUACAAAGUUCAUUGCUGUCAUUACAGCAAGAAAAACUCUUCAUUUUAUAUUUGCAAAUUUGUUGCUGAAAGUGUGUUCGACUAUGUUCAUCAUUUGUUAGUUCUACGAAUGUUAAUUCAAAUAAAAUCAAGUGGCGUGUGAUUCAUUUGGUGACACAAAUCAAGUGUCUAACAAGUAUUAAAAAUGGAGAACACAUCGUAUGGGAUAAAUGUGGCCAAUCGGUACGACCUUUUUUCAAUCGACGAUGAGGGUGACGAUCCUUUUGAAACUAUAACUCAAAAAAAGCAAAAAACUCAAAAGAAACCCCAAGUCAAUCCCUCAACGACCACUGAAAAUUCGGUUGCAAAAUUGGCUGUAAAAAAGGUAAAAAACGCGGAAAAAGAGAACAAAACUACGCAAAGCAAAACUGUUAAUAAUGAAAACCGACAUCCUGACAAAUUUGAAGAACCUAAGAGUUCUACAGCAAAUAAUAACUCUAAUUUACAUAAUCAGCGUGGGGAGAAGCAUGGUAUUAAAGAAACCCAGAAAGAUAACAUUCGCACAACACGUGAAGAUGGAAACAAAAAUGGCUACCCAGGAAAAAAUUCCGAAAGACGCCAAAUUAACAAGAGCACCUAUGCAGGCACCGAAAACCGCGAAGACAAAAAUAAUCGAAAGAAUCGUGAAGGCGGCAACGAUGAAAAUGGACCCCGUAAACCACAAACUGGAAACAAACGCUUCGAUGUUCGUGGUAAACGAGAAUUCGAUCGUCAGUCAGGUUCUAAUAAAACUGGCGUAAAAUCUGUCGAAAAACGUGAUGGAACUGGUUCACAUAAUUGGGGUAGUGCCAAAUUAGACGCAAAGGAGUUCAAUAAUUUCCAGGAAGAAUAUAUGCCACAUGAAUCGGAGGAAGAGAAAGGGCAAGCUUCAGAUCAGACUAAAGAAGAACAAACUGAGCAAAGCGAUGCUAAGCCUGUCGAAGAAGAACUUAAGGAAAUGACAUUGGAUGAAUGGAAGGCACAGAUUGCGGCUGCCAGGUCAAAACCCCAAUACAAUUUAAGGAAAGCAGGAGAAGGUGAAAAUGCAGCUCAAUGGGACAAGAUGGUAGCAUUAGAUAAGAAAAAAUCCGAAACAGCUGAAACGGAAGAAGAAAAUGAGAUUCAGAAAACUGGCAAACAGAAACAGGUCCUUGAUAUUGAAUUCCAUUUCAACGAUGGACGGCGUGGUGGAUUGAUGGGUAGACCAAGGGGACGAGGUGGAAAAGGUACACCGAGAAAUCCAGGAAGACGCGAGGGGGAGAAGAAAGAUACAAAUGAAACACGUGAAAACGAACCAGAAAAACGAGACCGGCGCACUCGUCCACCAGCGACGAAUGAUGGUAAUUUUAAAGCUAAACAGAGUUCACGUUUCAAUAAGAACACUGCUCCGAAAGUUGACGAUGAGCAUGAUUUUCCUUCGUUAGGCUAGAAAUUAGCUUCACAGUUGCAGCAUAUUGAUGGUGAAGAAUUGUACGAUAAAUUUCGUGCACACUUGCUUACUUUCAGACCAGUUGGUUUCUUUAAUGAAAUAUUCACAAAGUAAUGAAAACGGUGAGAAUAAUUCAUAUAUCGAUCUAUAGUGCUGUAACUUGUAACAACAAAAAUCUUGAAAGAAAGAAUAAAAUGCUAAGUACAUGAAA